ACGUAGCAGAGGACGCCAUUAGACUGGAUCAGCGGACACACAGAGGCGGAAAUAAUAUUUUCUCUACUUUUUUUUGUUAUUCACUCAGCAGUAAAGUGUAACUCCGUCACCCUUCCCCAAUUUACAGUUUCACACCACCCGAAUGUAGAUAUCUAAUGUAAGGCUCCAGGAGACGCGCGCUCGGUUUUACUUUCUUUACUAAAGUUGAAGAAGGAGACCUCCUCAUCCUCCUCCUCCUCUCCACCAUGGCGGCUCACAGUACUGCUCACAGAACAUACUCCUUCAAGGUGGUGUUGUUAGGGGAAGGCUGCGUGGGAAAGACCUCUCUGGUCCUCCGCUAUUGUGAAAACAAGUUCAACGACAAACACAUCACGACGCUCCAGGCUUCGUUUCUUACAAAGAAGCUCAACAUCACAGGAAAGAGAGUUAAUCUGGCUAUCUGGGACACAGCCGGACAGGAACGCUUCCACGCUCUCGGCCCCAUCUACUACAGAGACUCUAACGGAGCCAUUUUAGUCUACGACGUCACCGAUGAAGACUCCUUCCAGAAGGUCAAAAACUGGGUGAAAGAAUUAAGGAAAAUGCUGGGAAACGAUAUCUGUUUAUGUAUAGUAGGUAAUAAAAUUGAUCUGGAAAAAGAGAGACAUGUUUCAGUGGAAGAUGCUGAGGCGUACGCAGAGUCAGUUGGGGCGAAAAACUAUCACACAUCAGCUAAAUUAAACAAAGGAAUUGAAGAGCUGUUCCUUGACCUGUGUAAAAGAAUGAUGGAGACCGCACAGGUGGAGGAGAGAACUAAGGGGAAUGGGACGAGCCACACAAGCACAGGACGAAGAGGCGUUCAGAUCAUCGACGAUGAACCACAAGCUGCUGCUGCAGCUGGAGGGUGCUGUUCAUCAGGCUAGGACUCCACCAGCUUGUGUCCCCUCUCUCUCUGUUUCUCUUUCUCUCUCUCUCUCUCUCUCUCUCUCUCUCUCUCUCUCUCUCUCUCUCUCUCUCUCUCUCUCUGUCUCUCUCUGUCUCUCUCACACACACACACACACACACUAUCUCUGCUACUUGGAUGCAGCAGUGAUUUUUUUUUUUUGCUGUUUACUUCAAAAUUGAUACAGCAUCUAAUCUCAACAGUUCUUAUAAACUGUGGUUUUCUCUCUCUCUCCCUCUCUCUCUCUUUUUCUCUCUUUCUCUCUCACACACGCGCUUUUUCUGAAUAUUUGAACAUGCACUAAGAUCUGAUUUUCCAAGCUGUGUUUUUGAUGUUGCUGUUGUACAUGUCAGGUUGAUUCCCAUGAAAGUAUUUUCUUUUAGUUAGAAGCUUUGAGGAAGUUAGUACCCAUUAUUUAACUUAAACAUGCACACUGAAUCCUGAACUCCUCUGUACUUGUGGUAAUUAUUGAGCUUCCGUCUUUCUGUCCCUAGCCUUAUUCCUGGUUUUCCUCUCUGUCCCUGACCUCACUUCCUGAAUUCAUGGCUAAUCAGACAUUUUAUUAAACUUGCUUUCUAGUUGUUUUUGGUCUUGUAUGUACAACAAAACAAAAUACACUUGUAUCAUAUUAAUAUUUUAUUUGCUUUUACAACUUUGUUGGGAACUCAUACAGCACUUGCAAAAGUAUUCAGUACUUACACUGCAUUCUUGCAAAUGGUCAGACUACAAAAAAAGGGGGGGGGGCAAUAAUUCAUGUGCAGUUUCUUUGAGCAACAUCAGGAUUUUUCUCUGAAAGCAGUGACGGGUGAUCUUUAAUAACUUCAGUUUAGACUUUUUGAGUGAUUUGGUCUAAACACCAUAAUCUGAUCAUAAUGUAAAUCAUAAACAAAAAGUAACACUAUUCUAAUUUUGUAUUAUGUCUCUUUUUUCUGAAUUGAUGCCAUUUGCAAAAAAAAAAAAAGGUUAUCCUGAACUAACAGAAACUUGGUUCCUUAUUUAUGUUGUAUAAUGAUCCCGAGAUGUGAGUAUUCCCUGAAAAUGAAUUGAAUUAUGUCGAAAGGUGAAAGGAAGAGAUUUUUGAGCGGUCCGAAAACACAAUGUGUUUAGUGUAGUGAUUGUGUGAGGGCUUUUUUUUUUUUUUUUAAAUCCAGCCUUUAAAACAUUUUUGGAGUCUGAACAUUUUUGCAAGCGGCUGUUGGUGUAGUGUAUAAUAAUGAAAUGAUUGUAAAGUGAAGAAUAACAGUUAUGGGUGAAAGCAAACUUUUGGAAGAUUAUUUUUUAUUUUACUGCUUCUGUCAUUGUUUUUGUAAUAGAACAAUUAUAAAAAAAAAAAAUCA